CAGAAAAAGGAGAGCUCGCGGUAGAAUGUGACGUCACCAGUCGCACUUCUUUCCUGCUUGUUGGGAAAGCGCGAGUUGCGCUGCCUGGCGCAAGAGGAGACAGCGCACGGAGAAAAAAUAUCUUACACGUCUGUUUUCUGCAGGAUUGCCAAUGUUGUAUCACCCUCAGAUCUCGUGAUGUGUAAAGACACAGAUGCAAGACAUCGAGCACCUAAGACUCGUGGAGAGAUCUGCGAAAGCGAGAGCGCAGCUUUAUAAAGUAAAGCACUUAUCCCCGGAGGCUCAGCUGUCACACUAUGGAGAAUAUCACAAGCCACUUCAUCCCAAACCCGACAUGCAACUACAGCAUGGACUUAUAUUAUCACAGCUCUCCAAACCGGAGCGAUCUGAACUGCACGCCGCCGGCUGACUACUUCUUUUACGCAGAUCUGUACGUGGUUCUCCCGGUCAUUUACUCCGUGAUAUGUGCCGUAGGUCUGACAGGCAACACGGCGGUCAUAUAUGUGAUCCUUAAAGCACCCAAAAUGAAGACGGUGACCAAUAUGUUCAUUCUGAACUUGGCGAUCGCCGACGACCUAUUCACUUUAGUGCUGCCCAUCAACAUAGCGGAGCAUCUGUUACACUACUGGCCGUUCGGUGAGGUGCUGUGCAAAAUCAUUUUAAGCAUCGACCACUACAACAUCUUCUCGAGCAUCUACUUUCUGACGGUUAUGAGUGUGGACCGGUACCUGGUGGUGCUGUCGACCGUGCGCUCCAAGCGCAUGCCGUACCGCACAUACCGGGCAGCCAAGAUAGUGAGCCUGUGCGUGUGGCUGCUGGUGAUCCUCAUUGUCAUGCCGUUCACCGUCUUCGCGGGAGUCUACAUCAGUCCCGACGAUACCGAGAGAAAAAGCUGUGUCCUAAGUUUCCCCAGUCCUGAAAGUUUAUGGUUCAAAGCGAGCCGGAUUUACACCCUUAUACUGGGCUUUGCCAUUCCGGUGUCUACGAUUUGCAUUCUUUACACCAUGAUGCUGUACAGAUUAAGAAACAUGCGCUUGAAUACCAACGCCAAAGCGCUGGACAAAGCCAAGAAGAAAGUGACUAUCAUGGUGUUUAUCGUACUGGCCGUGUGCCUGUUCUGCUGGACGCCCUUUCACCUCAGCACCAUCGUAGCGCUGACCACAGACCUGCGGACCACACCGCUUCUCAUCGGCAUCUCGUACUUCAUUACCAGCCUGAGCUACGCCAACUCCUGCCUGAACCCGUUCCUCUACGCCUUCCUGGAUGACAGCUUCAGAAAAGCCUUCAAGAAGAUGUUAGAAUGUAGACCUGCUUGAAUGUAAAGCACUUUGAAGAAACGAAUGACACAGAGAAGUGAAUUCCAGUUGGAUUCUAGGAUUUGAAUUGAGGCAGCAAACAGGAUGCAAUUAAGGCGUUUAGCUAUAGGAAUUUUAAUUUAAUUAGAAAUGAAAUCAUUUAUAUAUAGGAUAUAUGACUGCAAUGAGCCUAGUUUUUAAUUGGAAAACGAAAGUGUUUUUUUUAUUAUUAUUGCUUGACAAAGCCUUGUAAGACCUAGUAAAUAUUUGAACAUAUAUUUAAAUAUAUUGUAUUACAAUAUGAAAAGUAUUUUAGCACAUAUUUAAAUUAUAUUUAAAUUAUUCAGUUAUAAAUGAAAACUAUUGCCAUUCAAUAUUGUGUAGUUUGUCACAUUCAAAUUCACACUCAUAAACUGAAAGCUUCCCAAUUAUAAGAUUAUGAAUUUUGCCCAACCCUGAUUAAAAUUACAGUUAUGAUCAUAACUUAUUAUUGGCAGUGUCUCAACAUGUAUGAGAUGCCCAAGUUGACAUUUUAUUAUUAAACUCAUUGUCAUUCCAUUUCAAAUUCCAAUUCAAUAUCCUAUAGUUUGUUGCCAAACUCACACUCGAUUUUCUAUUUUAUGCCUAACCCGGAUUAAAAUACAGUUAUGAUCACUGUGUCCACUACUUCAGACUCCCAUAUCCCAUGUGUAUUACAAUAAUAAAGGAAAAUGUUUUCCUGAGACCAAAUUCUAAUGUGAGAGUUUGUCUCCCUCUUGUGCUCUCUGUGAUGAAAUAAUGAAGCUGAAAUAUUUUGAAAUGUGCUUCAACACAUACAUGUCUGACAGCAGUGCCCUGGAAUUACAAAAUGUGGUAUCAUUGCUGACGUAGGAUGACAUCAUGUGUUUCUCAAAGAGCAGGGGUUUAUUUGUAUAUAUGUAUAUAUAUUUGUAUAGACCUGCUUUUGUCACAUGAAACAUCACCACUUUCUGUCUAGCAGCAUUUUAUCUUAAUAGCACAUUUGAGACAGUUAUUUAAACGUGCAUUCCCUUUCCUUUAAAUGAAUUAAUAUUAAUGUAAAACAUUUUUGUGUAUAU